GCACCGUUAAUGCACAAAAAUGGCUGGGCCGAAGUGAAGGCGGUUCUGUUCGAUGUAGGUGGAGUCCUCUUCUCGCCGCCACAGAGUUCGCCAUCGCUGAGGUGGAGAGGGAGCACGGACUACCUCUGGGCACUUUGGUGCGAGCGUUUGUGUCUGGAGAACCUAACAAUGCCUUUUGUAAGCUGGAGAGAGGAGAACUGACGCUCUCACAGUUCUUUCCAGAGUUUGAGAGUGAGGUGGAGAGAGUGGUGGAGUCUCACGGCUCCACUGUGCCGCUGGGUUCUCAGCCUCGGUUCUGUUCCAGAGCAUGUCCAGCUCAGUGAGACCUGUACCUGCCAUGGUCAGAGCUGUGGACACCAUACAGCAGGCUGGCUAUAAGACUGGGGUGAUCACUAACAACUGGAUUGACGAUAUCAAUGAGAAGACCAAUAAACUGAUGACUCAGUUUCUCAACAGUCAUUUCGACGUUGUUCUCCAAUCGUGUCAACUGGGGAUCCGUAAACCUAAUCCUCUCAUAUAUCGACUGGCCUGUCAUAGACUGGAAGUUCAGCCUUCACAGGUAACGCGGCAUAUUCCUAUCUCGUUGGUAAUCUAGGCCUCAGUAAU